AUGGCUGCUGUAUAUGAAUUAGAAGAUCCAAGUUCAACAAAAAAUCAACGUUUAAAAUCACUUCGAUUAAUUGAAUUAAGUGAUCAUAUUAUACGUUUAAAUCGUCGUGAAAAUACACAACUUGAAUUACGUUUAAAUCAACUUAAACGACAAGAAACAGUGAUUCGACGAAAACAUGAUCGAGAAAUUUAUUGGAAACGUUUACAACUUGAACGAAUAUAUGAAACAUUACAUGAUUCACCAACUGAAUUAACAGAUAAUUUUCGAAUGCAAACACCAAUGUCAUUUCAUGCGGUUAGAAUGCAACGAAAUCAAUCUGCACCACCGAAUAUCAAAAGAACACAAGUUGAAAAUAAAUCUCAAUCAAGACCAAAUACAACACCUACUGCUGCUAUUCGACGUGAUAAACGAGCAUUGAGCGCAUUUAAAGAAAUAACACUUAAACCAACAUGUCGAACAUUAGGAAAUUUGUUAGUUUUAUUAGAUAGUGAGAAAUAUUUUAAAAAUUAA